GUAGUUGUAGUGACCGGUUCCUCGUCGGGCAUCGGAGAGGGAAUCGUUAAACUGUUCUCAAUAUUAGGGGCUAAUGUUGUGGUCACCGGAAGGACAGCACAAGACGUUCAACGAGUGGCCAAAGAGGUGCAGGAGUUGUCACCACUAAAAUUAAAGCCAUUAGAAGUUGUGGGAGAUUUGACCAAAACCUCUGAUGUAAACAAUUUAAUCGAUUCUACGGUCAAAACGUUUGGCCGAUUAGAUGUAUUGGUCAAUAACGCCGGUAUAUAUCCGCAGACAAACAUCACUCAAACGGAUUUAAUGUCAGUUUGGGAUCAGAUAUUUGCCGUCGAUUUACGCGCUGUCGUAGAACUCAUCCACCGAUCGGUUCCACAUCUGGAGAAGACUAACGGAACUAUAAUUGAUAUCUCAAGUGUGGCUUCACUCGCACCGUCCAAAUCUUCACUAGCUUAUUCAUCGGCCAAAGCGGGUCUGAAUAUGUUGACCAAAAUAUUAGCCCUGGAAUUGGGGCCCAAAGGUAUUCGUGUCAAUACUAUUACUCCGGGUUUAACACAUGUGAGAGACGCUCCGUUUCCUCUCGAAGAAGUUAUGGUUAAAGCGACGCCAUUGGGAAGAGUGGGUCAACCCCUAGACAUCGCCCGUGCGGUCGCAUUCCUGGCCUCCACUGACGCACACUUUAUUACCGGCGCUAAUGUUGUAGUCGACGGCGGACUCGUAUACAACGUGGGUGUUUUGAAUACAAUCGCAGACUAUCCGAUAGAGGAUUAUAAAGCGGUCGCGAAAUCCCGGGACUUUACGGGAAAAGUGGUUCUCGUGACCGGUUCCUCGUCGGGCAUCGGAGAGGGAAUCGUUAAACUGUUCUCAAUAUUAGGGGCUAAUGUUGUGGUCACCGGAAGGACAGCACCUGAUGUUCAACGAGUGGCCAAAGAGGUGCAGGAGUUGUCGCCACUAAAAUUAAAGCCAUUAGAAGUUGUGGGAGAUAUCACCAAAUCUUCAGAUGUAAAUAAUUUAAUCGAUUCUACGGUCAAAACGUUUGGCAAAAUAGAUGUAUUGGUCAAUAACGCCGGUAUAUUUAAGCCGACAAACAUCACUCAAACAGAUCUAUUGUCGGUUUGGGAUCAGAUAUUUGCCGUCGAUUUACGCGCUGUCGUAGAACUCAUCCACCGAUCGGUUCCACAUCUGGAGAAAAUUAACGGAACUAUUAUUGAUAUUUCUGCCAUGACAGGAAUCGCACCGAUAAAAAUGUUUGGCCCGGCCAUUUCAGCUGCAAAAGCCGGUGUGAAUAUGUUGACCAAAAUAUUGGCUCUGGAAUUGGGGCCCAAAGGUGUUCGUGUCAAUGCUGUC